CGCAAUCCUCUUGCCACGCACCGGUCCAUCUACGCAAUACAUGGCCGACGAGAAGGCCGCAGCCGUGAUGGCAGAAGCCAUUGGAAAGAACGAGACCGAAUCUAAUCAUAUCGAAGAUGUGCAUGUUGUGAAGAAAGUGCACGCUGAUGGGCACGUGGAUUUGGUUGAUGCCCACGCCAUUGGCGGAGCCUUCGAAGAGAUGCCAGACGGAUACUUCUGGAGCAUCCAGUUCAUUGGCACCGUGGUCGCAGUGUGCUGCGGAAGCAUUUGCGCCUAUCUUGGAUGGGUGUUGCCUGCGAACACGCUUUUGUUGAUCAAUGAGGAUAUCGGGCCCUCCAAGGAUCUCAACUGGGUAGCGACAAUAUGGACCAUUGGCUCAGCAAUCGGUUUCCUGCUUGUCGGUCGCUUGUCAGACAUCUUCGGGCGCAAGUGGAUGGUCAUCGGAACCAACGUGCUCGGUCUUUGUGGAUGCAUAGUCGGCGGCACCGCGAAAAACAUCGAUACUCUCGUUGGCGCCAACUUGAUGAAUGGAAUCGCUGCUGCAGGACAACUUUCCUUUGGCAUCGUGCUCGGAGAGCUCGUACCGAACAAGCACAGAGGACCAAUCGUCACCUUGGUUUUCGUUUCAUCUUUGCCGUUUGCUGUCUUUGGACCGAUUAUUGCUCGAACAUUCAUCCUGAAAACGGCGGCUGGGUGGCGCUGGUCGUACUAUCUCGGCAUCAUCCUGUCCGGCAUCACCAUCAUCUUGUACCAGUUUCUCUACCAUCCUCCGACCUAUGACCAGCUCCACGUCUCAGGAAAGACAAAGUGGCAACAGUUCAAGGAACUUGAUUUUGUCGGCAUCUUCCUCUUCAUCGCCGGCACUGUGCUCUUCUUGAUCGGUCUGAGCUGGGGCGGCACCACUUACCCAUGGAAGUCUGCUGCCGUCCUCUGCACCAUAGUGCUCGGCGCCGCCACCCUCGUUGCGUUCGGCCUAUACGAGCAAUACGUCUUCAAAGGCCAGGCUAUCAUGCCACCGCGCCUGUUCAAGAAACUCGAAUACGUCGCCAUCGUCAUGGUAGCUUGCGUCGGCGCCAUGGUUUACUAUGCGCUUACCAUUCUCUGGCCCACCAUCCUUGGCACCGUCUAUACGACAGACGUCAUCAAGAUCGGCUGGGCAUCCUCGGUCGUGGGAGGCGGCAUCCUGCUUGGUCAGAUCUUCGGAGGUUUCGCGCUCUCCUACCUGCCUAAGGUCAAGUGGCAGCUCGUCAUCCUUUCUACAAUGGGCACUGCAUUUCUAGCCGCCGAGGCCAGCUUGAAGCCCGACGGGUACGCGACAUUCAUCACGCUCGGCGUUCUCGCAACCUUUGUUAUCGGCUGGGUUGACAACAUCUCCUUCCCCGGUGUAACACUUCUGUGGGAAUCCCAGGACAUCGGCCUCGCGACUGGUGUGCUCGGUUCUAUCCGUGCCAUUGGCGGAGCUGUCGCGCAGACAGUAUACGUCUCAAUUUUGAACAACAAGAUUGCGACGUAUCUGCCUGAAUUUGUCGCACCUGCAGCAACCAAUGCAGGCUUGCCUGCUUCUUCCCUUCCGCAACUCUUCGCCGGAAUCACUGCUGGCAACUUCACAGCCGUUCCUGGAAUCACACCCGAGAUCAUUGCUGUAACUGGGGCAGCUACGCAAAAGGCGUACAUCGAAAGCUUCAGAAUUGUGUUUUACGCGACGAUACCGUUUGGCGUGCUGUUGAUCGUCUUCAGCGCAUUGAGCCCCAACUUCGAAAAAUAUCUGAGCAUGAAUGUAGCGAAGAGGUUGCAGAAUCUUAAUGCGAACUUGCAAGGCGAAGGAAGAGAGAAGGAGGGCGAAGCAGUCUAGACCGUUCUUCAGCACCUUCGUAUCAUGUUAUAAUGUAUCCAUCGCUUUUUGG